AUGGACACAGUUUCUAAUUCGCGAAAUUUGCCUUUUAAUUGUGGAUUCUAUGCUAAUAAACUCAUUCUAUCUUUAGAACAAACAAUACGUUUAGUAGGAGACAGAGGACCUACAGAUGGGCGUUUAGAAGUCCUUCAUGAUGGUAUCUGGAAGAAUGUUUGCGAUGAUGGUUUCCAUAAACGUUCUGGACAAGUUGUUUGUAGACAAUUAGGAUUCCUCGACCCCGAUCAUCUUGAGGAAGUUGAAAUCUAUGUUACGAGGAAUAAUUCAUGGAUUGAGAAUGGUAAUUCGUAUUGGUUAGAUAAUACUAACUGUGAGGGAUAUGAAGAUAUUCUGGAAGAUUGUACCCAUCUUGCUUGGGGUGAAAACAACUGUAAAAGUAAUGAAGUAGUCGGGGUGCGCUGUGGACAAACUGUGCGAUUAAUAGGACACCAAGGUCCAGGAGAUGGGCGUUUAGAAAUUCGCCAUAAUGGAAUUUGGAAGAAUGUGUGUGGUGAUGGAUUUGAUAAAAAGGUGGGGCAGGUAGUUUGUCGACAGUUGGGAUUUCUAGAUCCAGAUAGACUAGAUGAAGUUGAUAUUUAUGUUAAUGGCAAUAAUUCAUGGAUUAUCAACAAUGGUUCUUAUUGGUUGGAUGACGUGGAUUGUAAAGGAGAUGAAACCAGACUGCAGGACUGCAACAAUUUGUGGUUUGGGGAUGCUACAUGUAGUAGUGCUGAUGUAGUUGGUGUGAAAUGUGAACAAACCGUGCGAUUAACAGCUGGACAAACUCCUGCAGAGGGACGUGUUGAAGUUUUACAUAAUGGAACCUGGAAAAACGUCUGUGAUCAUAAGUUUAAUAAAAAGGCUAGACAAGUAAUCUGUCGACAGCUUGGAUUCUUCGACCCUAACAAACCAGAUGAAGUUGAAAUCUAUAUAAGAGGUAACAGUUCAUGGUUAGACAUUAUUGGAGAUUAUUGGUUAGAUGACGUUGACUGUAUAGGAAAUGAAGCGAGGUUAGAAUUUUGUCCGCAUAGAACUUGGGGAGGAAAUAAUUGUCUGUACGAAGUAGCUGGGGUUAAGUGUGUUAAAACAGUGCGGCUUAGGGGAGAUCAAGGAUCUGCAGAUGGGAGCUUGGAAGUUCUGCAUGACGGCACGUGGAAGAGUGUCUGUGCGGAUGGAUUUGACAAAAAGGCUGGACAGGUUGUUUGUCGACAAUUGGGAUUCCUAAACAUUAAUAGAACGGACGAAGUUAAUAUAUAUGGUGGAAAAAAUUCAAGACUUACUUCUCAACAUUCGUUUUGGUUGAAUGACAUUGUUUGUGGGGGAAAUGAAACUAGGUUGGAGGAUUGUGGACAUUCAACUUGGGGACAGAGCAAUUGUAGCAGUGCUGGAGAAGUUGGAGUUAAGUGUGAACAAUCAGUGCGUUUAAUAGGAAACAAUGGUAAUUCAGAUGGUCGUUUAGAGGUUCUUCAUGAUGGUAUUUGGAAAAACGUAUGUGGUGACAAAUUCGAUAAAUUGGAUGCACGGGUUGUUUGUCGACAGUUAGGAUUUCUCGACCCUCAAAGACUUGAUUCAGUUGAUAUUUAUGUUACUGGUAAUAAUUCAUGGAUUAUAAACAAUGGUGAUUACUGGUUAGACGAAUUGGGUUGUCAAGGAUAUGAAAGUUGGAUUGAAGACUGUAGUCAACCUGUGUGGGGACAAACUAACUGUACUAGUGAUGGUGUAGUGGGAGUCAAGUGUGAACAAACUGUUCGUUUAAUUGGAGAACCGGGACGGGCAGGUGGUCGAUUGGAAGUUCGCCAUGAUGGUAUCUGGAAGAAUGUAUGUGAUGAUAACUUUGAUAAAAAUGCUGCACAAGUUGUUUGUCGACAGCUAGGAUUACUGAAUACUUAUAGACCUCAGGAGGUUGAUAUUUAUUCGGUUGGUAAUAAUACAUGGUUGGUAAAUAAUGGUUCCUAUUGGUUGGAUGAAGUCAAUUGUCGGGGAAAUGAAAACCGACUAGAAGAUUGUAGACAUGAAGGUUGGGGUGAGACUGAUUGUUAUGUAACUGAGGCAGUUGGGGUAAAGUGUGCCGAUAUUGAGAUGAGGGUAAGAUUGAAUAAUGAAAGUUUUAUUAGAAAUUUGGUGGAAAUAUAUUAUAAUGGAGAAUGGCAUGGUGUUUGUGCUGACGAUUAUACUGAAGAAUUUGGGAUGGUUGUUUGUUAUUAUCUUGGAUAUAAUGAAAGUGUGUUUGCAGAAGAAUUGUCUCCAAGGGUAUCCAAAACACCCGGCUUACCUAUUGUAUUUAACUGUUCGGGUAACGAACAAAGACCUAUUGAAUGCCCUCAAUAUAACAGGUCAGAAACAUGUCCUGUUGGUGAAAGAUUGAGAAUGAGAUGCAUGAAUAUGCCAAUAGAAAACGUGGUGUCAUUAUCCUGUUCUGCAAAUAGUUUUGAAGUUAAAUUGGAUUUAGUUGGAUUACAACGUAUGAUUCCUGAUUUUAAAGAUCAAGAUUUUACACUGGGAAAUAAUUGUACUGGUCGACGUGAAAGCAAUACCACACUGGUAUUCCGUCAUAAUUUUAACGUUUGUUCAACCAAGACGACAGAGAUUGAUAAUCAAACGUUGUUGUUUACGAACUAUUUAGUGUAUAUUAAUCGUUUUCCAAAUAUGUUUGGGGAACACUUCCGGUGGUCUGUAGAUCUUGAAUGCCGAGUGUCACGUGAUAAGACGAUUGAGGUCACCUUUAAACCAAUUGAUUCAAAUCAUCAGCAUCACGUAACCAGCACUUCUCAGCUGACAGCAAACAUCAAUCUGUAUGGCGAUGCCCUUUACCAACACAGAAUACAAAAUAUCGCCGCAGAAUUAAAAACUGGCGACAAUAUUUAUGUGCAAGUACAAGGCCCGGCUAUAGCUGGGAUAAGAAUGGUAGUAGAGAAUUGUUACGCCAAGCCCAGCCAAGAUGCCGAUAAAAGUCAAUCUGUAAUACUGAUACGAGAUGGGUAAGAACAACAAUUUAUCCCGAUGACAUAGCUGGUCAUUGUUAUAACGACGAUUAAGCUCGACUGUUUUAAAGUCCAAAACACCCAUUUUAAACCGCUUCACAUUAAAGGUGUUAACAUAAUAUGUUGAAACAUUUUUAGUCCCUAAGCGAUAGCUAUCUUGUUGUUAGAUUUGUUGUUCUUGUGAGGGUAGUGGUGGGGGGGGGGCACCAAUUCAUGAAUAACCGACAUGAAACUUGAAAAGUUUUUUCCUUGGCUAAUUGCAUAUCGAUUGUGGGACUUGUAAUUUGAUCUGAAGUAACAAUUCCAAGAUGGCUGCGAUGACGUCAUAGAGUUUCCGGUCCAUAGUACGGCGGUACUUGUCCUUUUUAAUGUAAACCACACAGCCCGGGCGUUGGGGUUUAUUGCUUAUUAUUAUGAACGAGUUAUAUAUGUAUUUAUUUUACUAGGUGUGAAGUAGAUGGAGGAACACAUAUAACAAAAUACACGGACAGCGAGACGCACUUCUUUUUUAUCGUAAAUUUCGACAAUGGUCAAAGAAUUGUCGACGUUAUGUGUGAUGUCAGAUCUUGUAGCACUUCC